AUGCUUGUAUUGGCAUUAUGUCAGGAAAAAGAAAGACAGGAGCAAGAGAGGAGAGACGAGCGUGUUGAAAAGGAGCAAAGAAAAACGGAAAGCCUGGAGAACAAACGACAGAGAGAAGAGGAGGCUACAGAACACAAACGGGCAAGAGUGGAGGUCAUAGCAGAAGCGGCUGCUGCGGUAUAUGUGUUUGCCAACUGUGGGGAAAGAGGACGUGUGGACGAUGAAGAGAGGGGUGUUGAGUGGUAUGGAUGUGACGGGUGUGAAUGCUGGUAUCAUGGUGGGUGUCAAACGCAGUAUGAGCUGAUGAUGGCGGUGACAAGUUUGUGUGAUGGGGAUGAAUGGACGUUUUAGUGGUGUACUCCUUGGGAGUAUGAAGAAUGAGGUAC